AUGGGGACCGUGUUCUCGCUGAGUGCGACCAUCUUCCAGCAGCCCAUUGCCGAGAUCUCGCACGUGGUGGGCAGGAAGCCCGCCUUCCUCGCCGUCCUGGGUGUCUUCGCCAUCGGCUCCAUUGCGGCUGCUACGGCCAAGGACAUGACCACUCUCCUGGUCGGCCGGAGCAUGCAGGGCUUCGCCUCGGGCGGCUCGGUCCUCGCCGCCAUAGUGCUCACCGAUCUCGUCGAUCUCCGCGACAGGGCCACCUGGUUGUCGGUUCAGAACUCGGUCCAAGCCGUUGGCCUCGUCACCGGCCCUCUCAUUGGUGCAAGCCUUCUGAAGGCGACUUCUUGGAGAUGGUUGUUCUGGAUCAACCUACCCGCUAUUGCAGCUUCGGCCGCCGGUCUGGGAGUUCUCCUAGGAUUUGACAGACCUGCAGAGGGCAUCUGGGUGACCCUCCGGAAAGUUGACUGGGUAGGGAUACUAAUCUUCAUGCCCUCGGCGGUGGCUCUCCUCGUCACCUUUACCAUGGCCGGCAUUUUCUUCGCGUGGAAAUCAUGGCAGGCCAUCAUGUCGCUACUGUUGGGCAUUGGCGGACUGGCGACGUUGGCCGUACACCAGCGAUAUCUCGCCAAGAACCCCAUGUUCAGAUCGAGCCUCUUUGCCAAAUGGACCACGACGUGUAGUUUCUUUGGGCAGGCCGUGUUUGGAGUGUGCAUCAACAUGAUAUUCUACUACUUGGUUGUUUUCUGGUCAGGGGUUCGCGGCUUCGACGAGAUCCUGACAGGAGUUGCUCUCCUCCCCGAGACGCUGAGCAUUCCCGUGGCAGCCAUCGUGUGCGGACUGACGAUGCGCAAGACGGGCCGAAUCUGCUGGGCAAUGCUCGUAGGGUGGCCAUUGACAUCGCUGUCCAUAGGCUUGCUCUGGUUUCUCGACACCAAGACCCCUCUGGCUGCCCUCAUCGUCAUCAAUACUGGCGUGGGCUUGGGAGCUGGCAUCAUUGCCUCCGCGCUCAACGUAGCGAUUCUGGCAACUACGACGCGGGAGGACAAUGGGCACGCCAUGGCGAUGGGUUGGCUCUUCAAGUCGGCGGGCAUGUGCUUGGGCAUCGCCAUCGGCACCGCCGUGUUCUCAGUGCAGAUGGAGAGCCGGCUAAGGCAGAUGGAUGAACCCGAGAUGACAGCCGAGUCGCUGCUGCGGGUACUCAAGAACGUCAAGAACGACCUGGCCGGACAGGAGGCCAUUGUGCGCACGCUAAGGAUUCUCUGGACCAUUUGCUGCGGCCUAUCGGGCCUCGCCGGCCUCCUGUGCGGCUCUUGCAAGUACCCCACGCUCAACGACAGGAUGCAGGCCCAGGGUGACGGAGCAGUAAAGGACGUCGAGUCGGGAAGUAGUAGCAACUGCAGCAGCGCCACACAAGCCAAACACCCGCAACACCAUAUCACCGCUGUCGACCAUGGUCUUCCGCAGACCGGUCUCAAAUCCUAA